GUUCGUUACCCCCCGCCUGUUGAAUGCUAUUAAGGCAGCGGGGGAUCAUCGCGAAUCUUGGCUUUUACACGUGAUCGAAAGUGGGAUAUUACCUAUAAAAGCAUUCGUUCGAUUCUCUGCUCUUUCAUUUCACCCGGAAAGCUCUGCGGCGACUCUGCCGGAGAAAAGUAUCGAUAGAACGAUAUUAUAAUGUUGCUAUCCUCCAAAUCUUUGUUGAUCCUCGCGGUUUACGCUACGGUCAACGACGCCGAAGUAAUAGAUGACGAGAGCUGCGAGACCCUGCAGACGGAAGUGCGGAUCACCAAAGACGAAUACGACGAGAUAGGACGUCUGCGAAGAACAUGCAGCGGCGAGAUAUUAGUCACCAAAUGCGAAGGAUUUUGUAAUUCUCAAGUGCAGCCAAGUGUUAUCACUACUACAGGCUUCUCGAAAGAAUGCUAUUGCUGUCGUGAAAGUUACUUAAAAGAAAGACCCGUUAUCUUGAAUCAAUGCUCUGAUGCAGACGGGAUCCGAUUGAUAGACACAAACGACGAGAUCAUGGAGAUCAAGAUACGCGAACCCGCCGAAUGUAAAUGCAUUAAAUGUGGCGACCUUGCGAGAUAAGAACCGAUGUCGAAUUAUAUAAACGAAACAGAGAUGAUUAUAAACUAUUGCGUAACUAUUGUAUAUUGUUAAGAUAAGAUGAAAAGAUAAAGGUGUAUUGUAAUCACGGCAAAAAUAAGUUUCCCCGACUUAUUUGUACUAAUAAUAUACUUGUAAUCCUGACAUACGAAAAUUUGCGUUUCUUCAACGAUAAUAAAUAUAAAAAUACAAA